CCUACAAGGGAGGGGAGCAGCUUCAUCUGAACUCUUAAGCCGCACUUGAACUCAUGAAGUGAAUAUCUUAAGAAACUUGGAUUUGCCGUCCUGCACCCUUUUCCAUACAUACCCCGUUUACAUCUCCGCGCCUUCUGCCCUACUCAGACGCCAAUAUGAACUCGACAUUCAGAAGCCUGCGGCCCAUAGCUUCCCGGCUACAAGCGGCUUCACUGCCUCGACUGGCUCGACCAUAUUCUGCCGCUCCCAGCAAGCAGUAUGAGUUCAUCCAGGUGUCGGAGCCCAAGCCAGGCGUGGCACAAGUGACCCUCAACCGGCCCAAGGCCCUCAACGCCCUGUGCACCCCCCUGAUCAACGAGCUCAACGACGCCCUCUCGGCGCUGAACUCGUCGCCAACCGUCUCGGCUAUCGUGCUCACGGGCUCAGAGCGCGCCUUCGCCGCGGGCGCCGACAUCAAGGAGAUGGCGCCGCUGACCUUCUCCGAGGCCUACACGAACUCCUUCAUCGAGAGCUGGUCGCGCCUGACCUCGGAGGUCAAGAAGCCGAUCAUCGCCGCCGUCUCGGGCCACGCGCUCGGCGGCGGCUGCGAGCUCGCCCUCAUGGCCGACAUCCUGUACUGCACCGAGACGGCCAACUUCGGCCAGCCCGAGAUCCGCCUCGGCACCAUCCCCGGCGCCGGCGGCAGCCAGCGCCUGACCCGCGCCGUCGGCAAGUCGCGCGCCAUGGAGCUCAUCCUCACGGGCCGCAGCUUCUCCGGCGCCGAGGCCGCCAGCUGGGGGGUCGCCGCCCGCGCCUUCCCCUCCCACGAGGCCCUCAUGGACGCCGCUCUGUCGACCGCCGAGACGAUCGCCAGCUACAGCAAGGUCGCCGUCCAGGCCUGCAAGGACGUCGUCAACAGGAGCCAGGAUCUGCCCCUGAGGGACGGCGUCGAGUAUGAGAGGCGUGUCUUCCACGCCCUGUUUGGGAGCCGGGAUCAGAAGAUCGGCAUGAAGGCCUUUGCGGAGAAGAAGAAGCCCGAGUGGAGCAACCAGUAGGAGUGGUAGCAGAUAGAUCUUGUAAAUUACAAUGUCGAGGCGGGGGAAAGAAGAACCCCUGAAAACAGGCCAAGGGCGAAAAAUAAUUAGGAUGCCUGUUACUAGUGGUGCUGAAGUCAUAUUUCGAUUCUCGUGAGACUAUCCAUAAUUCAGACAACUGUUCUCCAUCCAAGAUAUUAUGUAUAUGUAUAUAUAGAUCAACCUCAAAAAACGCU